CUACUUUCGACACAACGGAGGACUACUGCAGUCUCGAGGUAGUAAAGUAUAUAUCCAGAAGACACAGAGAGUUAAUGCGAGAUGGUUGCGACACGGCGAAGCGCUGCAACCAACGUUUCUACGAUGAGCGGGCACCUGAAGCCGAAAGUCAAAAAGAUUGACAAUGACACCAUCCACGUUGUAAGACCCAACGAUCAGGCGCAUGAUGAUGUCCCCACUACACCGGUAUCGAAGUCAUCAUGCACGACUCUCGAGGAUGAUCCAGGUACCAUCAGUGGCCACGAUCUCAGCAUAACCUCCCCAUCCACCGGCGAGACCCCCGAAAUACCUAUCAGUAGUAAACUUCCGCCGCUACAAAGAGCAAGCGAGAUACCAUACCCUUCCAUUGAAACGCUUAUCCCACACCUCCAACCAUGGGCUAUAAAGCCUACAGGCAGCCAAGGCAGCGCGAAGAACCCCAUCGUCGUAAUUGAAGAUUCCCCACCUUCCCGGCUAGCUGUAAGAAGAAAACGUAAACGCCAGACCGAGCCACACAAGUUCAUGGACCGACACAGCAAGCUGUACACUUACCGCCCGUCAAAUCCUGCGCCGGUACCAAAACCAGCAAAUGGAAGUACAUUUACUGGUCACAGAAGCCACGAUAUAUAUCGCAUGAUGAACGCGAAGCUGACAUCGAUGGGGUGGGAGGGGAAACCUGUGUAUGGUCAGGAUGUGCCGUAUGAAGCGCAUGUACAUGCGCAGUAUAUGGCACAACAACAUGGCACACCAUACACUCAUCAUUCUCAACGACCGCCUGCGAACCUACAUCCUUUUCCCCAGUCUUCCAAAGAUCCAUAUACCACCUCUCAUACUCCUUCAGUCCCUCACUCCACUCCUCAACCCCCCAGCGAAACAGUCCUCCGUCAUGAAGCCGUCCGAUACAUCCAGGAACACACAUCUUCUCGCCCAGAACAAACGAGCCUACCAAAUUCAGAGAGCACCCUCAUAACCAGAUCACCUCAACAUCCCAGCAAAUUCAAACUCGACACCGACCUGGCCCUUCUAACCCACCAAUCCCUACUCCUAGCCCAACUCUUCGAGUCCUACCCACACUCCACAGACCAAACGCGUGUAAGAGAAGCCAUCGGCAUGCUAGUCACGGUGCAGAACCAGCGGUUCGAACAAUGGAUGGACAGCGAAGCGCCGCGCGAGGCCAAACACACGAGGACGGUCAGCGCAUCGUCUGUCCUAAGUAGACCACAAGUGACGCAGGAGAUGCGCGGGCGGGAGCAGAAGGAUGAGGAGAUGCGGGGGGUGCUUUCUGCGCGGGCGGGGCUGUGGCAGGAUGGGUCCGGCUUGGGGGUUGCGGAUGUGUAUGCGUUGGAGGUGGAGGGGGAAGUGAGUCCGAGGGAGGUUGUGGCGAUGGGGGGAGAUGAGGAUGUUGAGGUGCGAUUUUGGGAGGUGGGAGGGCAGGAAUAG